AUGUGCACUCGCGGUCAGAUCAUUGCCAGUCUCUUCGUGCUCUCUGCUCUGGAAAUAGGUUUCGGCAUCACCAGCGUGGCUUUGGGUGCAGUCAGCAUCGGGAGGAGUCGUGCUCAGGAACUCCACCUCGGGGACUCCUCACCGUUUUUAAUCUGUGGAGUAUGUGGAAUUGUCUGUGCCAAAAAGAAGUCGGGUCGAAUAAUGAUAUUAUUUUCUGCCUGUUGUAUCUGUGGACUGAUCGGAGGAAUAUUAAAUUUUCAGUUUCUGCGGGCACUAGCGAAAAGGACAGAAAUCUCUUACCCCAGACAUGUUGCUUCCAUGUCAAUGGCAUGCUUGGGCAUUGCAGGCUGCACUCUCUCUGCCUGGCUCACUUGUCGCCUGGCCAGCAACGAGCAGCAGAGGAUGUUCCUGGAAAGAGAUCACUCGUUGCAUCACUCCCACGAAAUGACAGACAAAGUAUGUAAGGUUUGCAAUCGAGAAUAUUCGAUAUACAUAGAUUAUAUCAACUUUAUUUUUGCUUUGUCAGCACAUGAGUAA